GGAGCGGCUGUCACAUUACUGAGUUCGUUUUCCCGCCUCCGAAACUCAUUUCCCUUUUUCUCAAAGUUAUAUCCCACUCUAGAAAGUCAUAUCCCACUUCUGAAAGUUUCUUGCCAAUUUUGAGAUUUUCAUUCCACUUCUGAUAGUUCUUUAUAACGUUUAACAGGGUUUUUGUUAAUUCUGUUUCCAUGAUGGAAAUUGAAGUCAAUUUUUGCGUGGUUAUUUUUUGAGAUUGUUGCAUUUUUAUUAUUCAGUACACACCUGACACCAGUUUGAAAUUUUGGCGCUUUGGUUGACUACUGAAUGAUGUGGGGGGAAGAGAGCGAGAUUUGCUCCAUUGGAAUGACAAUGCAUCCAUCUGGUAGUGCUUCUUCGGGCAUAUCCCAACUGGCUCAAUGCGGACAGCCGGAUGAAUUGCCAGAACUGCCAGCCCCAGAUGAACAGCGACUCCAGAAAGCAGCUAUCCACCUACAGCAGCGUCUAGUGCUCCGCCAGUGGCUUUCAAAACAUACCCUCCAGACUUACUACCCCAAAUUGCUGGCCAUCGAGGUGACGGGACUUGAGGACGUCUAUUGGUUGGAGGACGGCAAGGCCAAACAGGUGUUCAACAAAGACUUCCCCAGGUGGUCGACAGCCAGACAGUCUCUUCCGAUUUCCAAGCAGCGACUGGAGGUGCUCAAAGCCGAUCUCUGGUCCGAAGUCGUGAAAAGCAGUAACCACCAAGACGCAUGGACAUGGGGAGGCAUGUUGGUGGUAUCUGUGUCUGUCGCCGGAUUGGUCACCCUGGCAGCCAUGACACAGCCUUCCCUAGCACCCGAAGCUAAACAUUCCCUCUUGCAAUACGUUACUGGAAAGUACCUGUUACCUUCGAACUGUAAGGUAAACUUCAUUGUCCCAAUAGGAGUGCCAUGUAUUGUAUUCAACAAUACGUAUGUUCAUGGAGAGACUUUCAGCUUGGACUGUAGGACACAAUGCGCAUGUCAGAAUGGUACCUACGGCUGCUCUUCACUUUGCCCUCAGGAGCACAUUUCACCAAGAGGUUCUUGUCAGCACCCAAGACUUGUGGAAAUACCUGGACAGUGCUGCAGAGAGUGGAUGUGUGAUAGCCAAACUGCAGAGCAUCCACCAUCUUGUCAGCCUGCGUUUUCCAGAUGGUCAACCUGUAGCCGAGAAUGUGGUUCGGGACUUUCAACUAGACGAUCCAAUCUCAAUCCUCGGUGUCAUCCUGAUACAGAAACAAGAAUAUGCCAGAUAAGGAGGUGCCUGGAACCCCUACAACUGGAUCACCAUGAGAAGUAUCACCAUCUCAGGAGAGGCCACGAAUGUAAGGCGACACAUCGUCUCAGCUCCGCGGUUUUCCUGCGAUUCGGGCCGUGCAGGAGCAGAAAGCGUUUCCGACCCAAAUACUGCGGAGUUUGUCCCGUGCCUGGAAUUUCCUGCAAACCGACGCUGAGCACCACGGUGAAAGUCGAAUUCUUUUGCGAAGGAUCGGAACCCAACGAAAACGUCUCCGAUCUCCUCCCGGAGUAUUUGGAGCCUGGUGCAGACCUCUGGGCAGACAAUUUCCUACCGGACCAAGACGUAUCAGAAGAUUCCAGACUCAUGACUGUCCUGGUGCAGUGGGUGUUGAAAUGCCAGUGCACGCCGGAGGAAUCCGCAGCUACUUCUAGUACCGGAGAAGUGAUUUUGCAUCGGGUGCAUCGGACUGCUACGCCUUAAGCAGAUAUGUUCUGGUGUAAAUACGAUUUGUCAUAUCAUAUUUUAUAGCGUCAGAAUUAUAGCUCGAUUGGGUCCAGAUAAAUAAACACCUGUAUUGUAAGGUGCCCCAAAAAAUUUGGUGAUUGUAAAGAUACGAUACUGUUUAGUAUUUUCCAUAGAAAACACAUAUUUACAGGAUUUUAGUUCCAGUUUCUAUGAGAGGUCGUACUAAGGGAGAUAAAUCUGUUUAAAAAAAUCUGUUUUUUCCGUUAAUCAGCUGUUGGCCCCAUACGAA